GGCACCGGCAGCCCCAGGGUCUCCCUCCGUCCCUCCGUCCGUGCCGCCGCCGCGGGUGCGCCUCUCUCGCUCCCUUCCCGGCGUGCGCCCGGCUCCGGCAACUCGUUUCCUGCAAGGCUGAAGGAGGGAGGAGAGAGCGCUUCGGCUGGGAGAGAAGAGAGAAGAAAGAGGGAGAAAAGAAAGAAAGAAAAGAGAGAGGGGAAAACGGGGGGGGGGGGGGAACUUGCCUCUCUUGUCACUGGAAAAUGACACUUGAUGUAGCAGAGCCUGCCGCAGCUCCCGUUCGUCCUAUUGUUUCUUAAAUUGCCAUCUGAGAUUUUUUUUCUUUAAUUAUUUUUUUUUUGCCUGCUGCCAUCUGAGGGGUGUCUUCAUACAAAAGGGACUUCAACUACUCCUCCGGCUUGCGAGCGCUGCAAUCAGCCCCCAGCACCCCGCCAGCCCCUCCAAGCACCCAAACAAACUGCACACGCAGCGAACAGCAGCAACAGAACCGGGCUCUGAUUUGCCUCUGGAAUUUUUCUUUCUUCUUUUUUUUUUUUUUUUUAAAUGUGCGUGCUUGUGUUUGCUUUCUCUGACUUGCUUUGAUUCCAGAGAUCAGCUACAGAUUGAGAAAAAAGAGAGAAAGAAGAAGAAGAAGAAAAAACACAUUUAUAACAGUCGGCCUGGCGAUUUUAUCACUUUUUUUUUUUUUUUGAGUAAAGAAGGAAGAUUUGCGCUGUUGUUUCUGAUUCAUGUUUGGGAUUCAGGAAAGCAUCCAGCGGAGUGGGAGCAGCAUGAAGGAAGAGCCCCUCGGCGCGGGGAUGAACGCGGUGCGGACGUGGAUGCAGGGAGCCGGCGUCCUGGACGCCAGCACGGCCGCUCAGAGCGGGGUGGGUCUGGCCCGGGCUCACUUCGAGAAGCAGCCUCCUUCCAACCUGAGGAAGUCCAACUUUUUCCACUUCGUUUUGGCCCUGUACGACCGGCAGGGGCAGCCCGUGGAGAUCGAGCGCACCGCCUUCGUGGGCUUCGUGGAGAAGGAGAAGGAAGCCAACAGCGAAAAGACGAACAACGGGAUCCACUACCGCCUGCAGCUGCUCUACAGUAAUGGGAUCAGGACGGAACAGGAUUUCUACGUUCGGCUCAUCGACUCCAUGACCAAGCAGGCAAUAGUGUACGAAGGCCAAGACAAGAACCCAGAAAUGUGCCGAGUUCUGCUCACGCAUGAAAUAAUGUGCAGCCGCUGUUGUGACAAGAAAAGCUGUGGCAACAGAAAUGAGACUCCAUCAGAUCCAGUGAUAAUUGACAGGUUCUUCUUGAAAUUUUUCCUCAAAUGUAACCAAAAUUGCCUAAAAAAUGCAGGAAACCCUCGAGACAUGCGUCGAUUCCAGGUUGUGGUGUCUACAACAGUCAAUGUUGAUGGCCAUGUGUUGGCAGUGUCGGACAAUAUGUUUGUACACAACAAUUCCAAGCACGGGCGGAGAGCUCGAAGACUCGAUCCCUCGGAAGGUACGCCUUCUUAUCUGGAACAUGCAGCUACACCAUGUAUCAAAGCCAUCAGUCCAAGUGAAGGAUGGACUACAGGAGGUGCCACUGUCAUCAUCAUAGGAGACAAUUUCUUUGAUGGGUUACAGGUCAUAUUCGGCACCAUGCUGGUUUGGAGUGAGCUGAUUACUCCUCAUGCCAUCCGUGUACAGACGCCUCCCCGACAUAUCCCUGGGGUUGUAGAAGUUACAUUGUCCUACAAAUCUAAGCAGUUUUGCAAGGGAACGCCUGGAAGAUUCAUUUACACAGCUCUGAACGAACCCACCAUUGACUAUGGCUUCCAAAGGUUACAGAAGGUUAUUCCCCGGCACCCUGGUGACCCCGAACGCUUGCCAAAGGAAGUAAUACUUAAGAGGGCUGCUGAUUUAGUAGAAGCACUCUAUGGUAUGCCACAUAAUAACCAGGAAAUAAUCCUGAAAAGAGCAGCAGACAUUGCAGAAGCGCUCUACAGUGUCCCCCGCAAUCACAACCAGCUCCCCGCCCUUGCUAACACAUCAGUCCAUGCAGGAAUGAUGGGAGUGAAUUCCUUUAGUGGUCAACUAGCAGUCAAUGUUUCCGAAGCCUCACAAGCCACCAAUCAGGGUUUUACUCGCAACUCAAGCAGCGUGUCACCUCAUGGCUAUGUGCCAAGCACCACGCCUCAGCAGACAAAUUAUAACUCUGUCACAACAAGCAUGAAUGGCUAUGGGAAUGCUGGAAUGUCAAAUUUAGGUGGUUCUCCAACCUUCCUGAAUGGAUCUGCUGCCAAUUCUCCCUAUGCCAUCGUGCCAUCCAGUCCGACAAUGGCCUCCUCCACUAGCCUCCCCUCAAACUGUAGCAGUUCCUCUGGGAUUUUCUCCUUCUCACCAGCCAACAUGGUCUCAGCGGUGAAACAGAAGAGUGCUUUUGCGCCUGUUGUGAGACCGCAAACUUCUCCUCCUCCAACCUGCACCAGCACCAAUGGCAAUAGCCUGCAAGCUAUAUCUGGCAUGAUUGUUCCCCCCAUGUGAAAGAAUUGCCUUGAAGAAUUUUACUAAUGAAGAGGUUGAAUUCUGCUUCAGAGAGAAUCUGAUACAAGUCCCAGAGUGGAACUUUUUACUCAGGCCUUUUUAAAAAUAAUAAUAAAAAAAAAAGAAAUAAAGAAGAAUCUUACAAUAACUGCGGAUUUUUAAACAAAACAAAAAUCACCAUCCUUGCAAAUACUGAAAUUAACAGUCUACAAUUGCAAGGUGUUGAUUCAAGCUGUCCAUCCCAAAUACCUGGGAGAUAUAUUUAUUUUAUGUUGGUAAAAAAAAAAAAUCCACUCUAUUGUUUGUUUGUUUGUUUCUUUUUUGUGGGGCUGGGGGGGAGUUGCUUUUUUUUCCCCCUUCUGGUUUGUUUUUUUUGUUGUUUUGUUUUUGUUGGGUUUUUUUGUGUUUGCUUUUCAAGGCUUGAUUUAACUCAACACCAUUUGUCUUUUAUAAAUCAUACAAUUACACAAGGGACACUAGAGAUGGAACUCCACAUUUUUAAUUUAUGAUUAUUUUUUUAAAGCUCUGUAAAGAAAAAGUGGUGUCAUUCACAUACAGGUCUGUGUGGGACAGAAUAGAAGUGCCAGUUAGUUUUUCGUAGAAGAAUAAUGGCCAUUUAAUGAAGGGUCGGCUCAUACAGGUUGCUUAUCCAGUGGUGACUAAUAUGAUGCAUUUUUAAUGUUCUAAUUAAAUAGAUAUCACUCCCUAGCAAGCUGGUAUUUUUGGAUGGCAAGGGUGGGAUUAGUACCCUUCUGUCUUUAAUAUCAGGCUAAAUAAUAGUGUAAAUAAUACGAGGAAAGUAGAUGAAAGUAAAGGUAAGGAUGCAUAUAACACAUUUCCUCUUGAACUGAACACCCAGUGCCUCUAGAUAUGAUAAAACAGCAGAAUUCCAUUAGCAUGGCUCGCUCCUUAGCUUGGAUAGCAAACUCUUUCCAAAUGAGUGGCCUUCUUGAAGUUUAGUGUCACCUGAGCUGUGCAUGAAACACCAUUUGGGUUCUGCACAGCCAGUGGCACAGGCUGUGGCCACCAGGCUGGGGGUGUUUCCCACAUAGCCCUCUCUCCCCCUCAUGUAGUGGUUUUCAUGGGGCAGAAUGAGAACAGACCCCUCUGCAGUUCUGCAUCCUCACAGUCUGAAAGCACACACUGUCCCCAGCCUCCCACUAGGAUUGCUCCUGAAUCAGCCGACCCUCCCAGUUUGUAUCAUAUUAAGCACCAGGUAACUGCUUUUUAAUAGUACAUGGAAACAGGAGGUGGGGGUGGGGGGGCUGUUAGGAAGGUUUCAAAUCAAAACCAUAGCUUCUGUUUUACAAAAAUUUUGCUAUCAUUAUCUGGGAAGUGUUCUUAAAAACUAUUAGUCAAAGAGGCAGCAAAGCUCUGAAGAUGCAUUACCUGAUAUUUUUUCUUUGCUGUUGUGUUUUGUAUGUAGUUAUAAAUACUGUAGAUUUUUUGUGAUUUUUUGCCAAAGUUGUUGUUCUAUUUAUACAUUUUAAUGUCUUAAGACGGUUUUUCAAUAUCACAAAAAAAAAAAAAAAGAAUUUUACUGCAUAUUUUGCAAAAAAAGCUCACUACCUUUAGCUUGCACAUACUUGCAAAAUUAAUUAAAGAAUAAAAAAGCUUUUUGUUUCUGUUUUUUGUUUGCUUGGUUUAAGGGGGAUUUUGUAAAAUAUCCAUAUAAAUAAUGUAUUUAUCUUUGGAAUUUGUACAUUGCUUUUUUUCCCCUACCAAGUUUAUUUUAUUGUGUAUGUUUGCUAUGUGAAAAGUGCUGAUUUGUUUGGUCAUUCACCGUUGUAUUAGCUGUUUAAAUGUGAUUUAAAAACAUUUCAUUUAUAGUUUUUUUUAGUAUUGUUUAAAACCAUGCUUCCAUUUUUUUUUAAUUUCCACCCAAAAGCCAUUGUCUAUUUUUGUAUUAUUUGUAAGUUAAGAAGUUUUUUCCAAUAUAUGGCAAAAAGUAGCAUAUUAUUCUUGUAGCAUUUAGUUAUGUAGAUUUAAAAAAAAAAAAAAAUGUAUCCUUUGCUUUUGAGGCUUAACAAAAACUAAUGCUGUUUUACUCUAUUAAUAUGCAUGGGAUUUCUCCUCUUUGGAGUGACGCAUUUUUGUGCAUUAAAUAUGGGGAGAAACUUCAUAGAACUCAAUGAAAAUACUUUCUUUCUUAAGUCUGCUUGUAUAUUUCUCUGUCUUUCACAUAAAUAUAAACCAGCAGAUUGGAUGCCUUAACAAUGCAAAUCAUAUUCAUUUCACUUGUACAUUGUACUGUGCACCAGAACUGUCAAUCAUCACUAACAUUCUAAGAAAAGAAAAAAAAGAAAAAAAAGGAAUUGAAAAGCACAAAAGAACUGUUUUGUUACCUUAAAACAAUAUAACUUUUUUCUAGUCAAGCAAGAAAUCAUUUACAACGAUGCUGCAACUGUGCAUGCUUCCUGUAUGAAUUUUGCAAUGGUUUUCACUAGAAUGUCACAGUGUGAUCUUUGGGGUGAGGGGGGAGGGAAGAAAACAGGAUUAUUUUUUUUUUUUCCCCAUGGUGAGAAAAUAAAAGAGGAGAAAACUGGAAAAUGUGAGAGACAUCAGUUUAUUGCUUCUCUGUAUUCCAAGCGAUUAUUCUAAUUCACAUAGUAAGCAACAGCACGACAAUGUAAUCAAAUUUAAAGCCAUAUUUUGUCCAGUGACACCAUCAAUUACUCUUGUAGAGCUCCACUCUAAGUCCUAGUAAUUCUGACACCAGUGUUACCCAGCAAUGUUUGUAGUCUCUUCUGCCAGUGUCCAAAGAUCCUUUGACAAUGUGCAUCAUUUUGUUUUGUUGCAGCUAUUUAUCGUGAUCUGAUCAAUGGGAAUUUAUAAAAAAAUAAUCUUCCCUGCACCACCCUGAUCUUUUACAAAGUAAAAGAUGCAGCUGUUUACAGAAUAUGGCUUUAAGUGGAAACAUUCAGAUUUCAGUUUUGACACGGUGAAGCUUCACAAUGACUGGAUUGCAUAAAGUAUGCCUAUUUCCUCACAGUUGUACUAGGAUGCAGCUAAAAUGAAGUCAUCUCUGAAACUACUAACCUUUCACCUUCUUAUCUAAAUCUUUUUGAAUAGACACACACACACUGUACAGUUCUAUUGUUAGAGAAACUAACUACUGUAGAGAUUGUUAUAAUUUUUUUGCAGAAAUUCAAGCUGUAAAAACUUUUCAACUUUCACAAUAUUUAAUUAAAGUUACUUCCUGUCUGUGAA